GUCAUCAAGUCCAGCGGACAAACUUCGUCGGAAAACUGCCCUUCUCUCCCCAAUUCAGCCGAGAGCAGAGCUGCUGUUGUUUUUGCCGUUCUUAUCGGUUCUAAGGGAGUGUUUCCAAGAGAUUCAAGUCUCCCUCAAAGUGGACAUUCGAUCAAAAUGGAGGAUAAAACUGAGGUUGAAAUUGAUGACUCUCUUUACAGUCGUCAGCGAUACAUGCUUGGUGAUGGAGCAAUGAUCAAAAUGGCCCAGUCAAAUGUGCUUUUGAGUGGUCUUGGAGGAUUAGGGAUAGAAAUAGCUAAAAGUGUUGUCCUUGCUGGAAUUAAGUCUAUCACCUUACAUGACACCAAGCUAGCCACUUAUCAUGAUCUGGCAAGCCAAUUUUUUUUGAGAGAAGAGGAUAUCAAGGAGAAGAAAAACAGAGCAGAGGCCAGUGCCCCGAGGUUAGCUGAGCUGAACCCCUAUGUGAAUAUUCAGACGUCUACUUCAGCAAUUAGUGAUGGCGACUUUGCAUUCUUAGCUCACUUUCAGUGCGUGAUUCUCACAGAGGCUCCACUUAGUCUUCAACUCGGAAUAGACAAAUUCUGCCGCUCACAGAAGCCACCCAUUAAGUUUAUUGGUGCUGGUGUGCAGGGGGUGUUUAGCUGGGCAUUCUGUGACUUUGGACCUGACUUUGAGGUUGUGGAUUCCACAGGAGAAGAACCAAAAGAAUUUUUCAUUUGGAAAAUUACUAAGGCAAAUCCUGGUGUGGUGACAACAUUAGAUAAUCGUAUGCAUGGAUUACAAACUGGUGACAAAGUCUCAUUCAAGGAAAUAGUUGGAAUGGCAGUUCUCAACGGCUCAGAACAUACAGUCAAAGUGCUGUCUCCAUAUGCAUUCAGCAUCUGUGACACUACUGGACCUGAAUACGAAGAUUAUCAGUAUGGUGGAAUUGGAAGACAAGUCAAAACCUCCUCUACUUUCAUGAAAUUUGAGUCCCUUGAAACACAGCUUAGUAAGCCAGAUAUUCUUACUGCAGAUCUCAGCAAGAUGGAGAUUCCGUUACAUCUACAUCAUGGGAUACAUGCCUUACAUUUGUUUCAAGAACAAGAAGGAAGAUUUCCCGAAGUUAGGAGUAGCAGGGAUGCAGAGAAAUUAUAUGAGAUAGCAAAAGUUUUGAACGAGAAAGCAGCUACCAAGGUGGACAAUCUUGAUGAAAAGCUACUCACACAGUUGGCAUACACGUGUCGAGGCUGUUUUUCCCCUUUAACGGCUUCUCUGGGUGGAAUUGUAGGCCAAGAAGUGUUGAAAGCUUUGACUGGAAAGUACACUCCUUUAAAGCAGUGGCUUUAUAUUGAUGCCACAGAAAUGUUAAAGGGACAGGAGAAAUUAGACAAAACCUCGUUCCUCCCAAGGCAAGAUCGUUAUGAUUCUCUUCGAAUUUGUACUGGAGAGGAACUGCUGAAUAAACUGUCUAAUUUGAGACUCUUUAUGGUUGGAUGUGGUGCUAUAGGAUGUGAACUGUUGAAGAACUUCGCUCUUUUAGGUAUUGGCGGGAGUCGCAGUGGACUGAUGACUAUCACGGACAACGACCUCAUUGAAAAGUCAAAUUUAAAUCGUCAAUUCUUAUUCCGACCUUAUCACAUCCAGCAAGUGGCCAACCAUGGUAACUCUUUGAAAACAUUUUCUUGCACUUGGCAACAAUAUCGUGUCUUUUUUGUUGCAGUUUGUCCGGAAACGGAAGAAACGUUGUACACUGAUCAGUUCUUUGAAUCUCAGGACCUCGUUGUUAAUGCAUUGGACAAUGUGGAGGCCAGGCGGUACAUGGAUUGUCGAUGUGUCAGUACCCAACGAGCUCUUCUUGAGUCGGGAACAAUGGGACCCAAAGGUCAUGUACAGGUGAUAGUUCCUCAUCUCACGGAGUCGUAUGCCAGUCAGCGAGAUCCUCCAGAGGAGGAAGUUCCCCAUUGUACACUCAAGUCAUUCCCAGCAGUCAUUGAACACACCAUACAAUGGGCCAGAGAUAAGACUCUUCAAUCUGGAGACGAACCUGAAAGUGUUUACCGAGUUGUAAAAAUGUUAAAACAACGACCUGCCAAUUGGGCGGAGUGCGUUGCCCGUAGUAGAAUAGAAUUUGAGAAAUACUACAACCACAAGGCCAAACAGUUACUCCAUGCAUUUCCACUAGACACGAGAGUCAAGGAUGGUUCCCUUUUCUGGCAGAGCCCGAAGAGACCGCCAAUGCCGCAACAAUUCGACACCAGGAAUGAAUUGCACAUGCUUUUUGUAAGAAGCAGCAGUAAACUACACGCAGACACAUGCGGAAUCAAGUACACCCCAGAGGAUUUAAGUGACACUCGUAUUGUUGAAGUACUCUGCGAUGUCAAAGUUCCAGAAUUUAGGCCAAGCUCAAAGGAAAUUGAAACAGACGAAACAGCAUCGAAGCCAGGCGAGUCUUCUAAUGCGUCUUCUAGUGACACGGAUAAAUUAAUAGCAGAUAUCAGAGAGAUAAUGGCAAAGGGAAUUCAGUCAAGCAACGGUAGGAAAUGGUAUACCUAUUACCUUACCCAUGCCAACUCGUCGUUUGUUGGGUGUGGAGAAAACGGGAAUCAUUUUCCGCCUUGUUUGUUUAUCUGUUGUUCUCUUGUUUGCUGUUUUUGUUUUUCUUUAAGUUCGAUAAUUGUAUCAAGAGACCUGUUGUAUAUAUCACGAUACCUCUUAUUAGAUGUGCAUUUCGUUGUUGCCACUAUCAUUCGCGGUAUUAAUUUUUCUUCUUUUUUUUGUCGAGAUGUGCUGCCAAUGUUUCCUCAAGAAUUUGAAAAAGACGAUGAUUCGAACGGUCACAUUGACUUUAUCACGUCAGCUUCGAACCUUCGCGCUACCAUGUAUAGCAUAGAAACUGCUGACAGGUUGAAAACCAAGAAGAUUGCUGGCAAAAUAGUUCCUGCUAUAGCUACCACUACUGCUGCCGUAGCUGGCUUGGUCACUAUCGAGCUCGUCAAGGUUGUUAUGAAGAGUCCCGCCGAAGAAUUCAAAAACUGCUUCAUGAACCUUGCACUUCCUUAUGUCAUUUUCUCGCAACCAGGCCCCCCAGAGGUCACGGUCAUCAGGGAAGGUUUGUCGUUUUCAAACUGGGACAAGUGGGUGGUCCAAGGGACACAAGAGUUCAAACUUAAAGACUUCGUGAAAUAUUUCAAGGAUAAGUACGGAUUCGUUGUGUCCAUUGUUGUACACGGCGUAAAGAUUGUUUAUGUGCCGUUGUUACCGGGACACUCUAAACGACUAGAACAAAAAAUGACCAAAUUGAUAAAGGCACCCAACAAAGCAUACGUGGACCUCACGGUUUCGUUUGAGGGUGACGGCGAUGAUGAUCUACCCGGGCCCCCUGUGAGGUACUAUUUUGGUCCCUAAAACAGGGCCCUUAGAAUUCAACAUUUGGAAACCUGAUACAAUAACCCUGGAGCGGAUUGUAAAGUCCACUACUGAACCUCUUCAAGUAGUCACAAUAUAUUUCAAGUGAUAUUACCAGUUUCAAAUUUUUGACAGGAGGAAUUGAAGCACUCGUGUCCGGAUUUGAAUUUUGUUACUCAUUCGGUUAAUAUCUGUGGACUGAUAUAGAGGCACGAUAUUUCAAUAAAUGAUUUUAGAAUGUGAAGAAUUUAAGUAUUAUAUAACGCCAUGUUACUGACAGGUAGAUGAAAGAUUUCUCGUAAUGUCAAAAACUUUUUCUCUUACAACCUUAAAUCCUGUUUUGUAUCUUU